AUGAGUGGGAAAGAACCAAUGAUGGUCGUUCCUUUCACGCGACGCGUAAAGGGCGCGUCGCAGCAGCAAUUGCAAUCAGGGGAGGAGGGGGAGGUGUCGGACGAGGAGGGCGGAGGGGAGGGGGAAAGCGCGGCGCACUCAGGUCCGCGCAUCGUCUUCUGCGUGGUACAGAGCCCGCGGAGGAGGGGCGCUGGUCAGACGGGAGUGGCGCGCGGAGCGGGACGUGCGGAGGAAGCGGCGGGGGAAGUGGCGGAAGCGCGGGCAGGGGAUGCUGCGCUCGAGACCGCGCGAAAGCGCGGCGCGUCGUCUGGUCCGCGCGGCGGCUUCCGCCAAGCUAGCCCGCGGGGCACUGCGGUUAGCAGCCUUGCGGGGUGGCGGGGACUCGCCCGGCAGGGGGACGGAGCGGAACGGAUUGGGGAAGCAGCAGGAGCUGCGGUGGAAGCUGGGGGGUUGGGGAACCCGCUGCUGGGGACUGAGGAGACUGGGGGGGGUUGGGGAAAUGGGGGGAGUGGGGGGAAUGGGGGGAGUGACACGGAUAUAGUAGGCUCCUUUCGCGAUAUAGCGUACUCGGGGAGCGGGGAGAGCCUGCGCGACGGGAUCGCGCAUCUGACGGCCGCGGCGGCAGCUGUGGCGCUGCCCGCGGAGGCGAAUGCAUGGCGCAUGGUUAGUCUGAGUAACGGUAUUGGGGUUAUUGGGGAGGCGGAGGGGGAAGGGGCAGCAAGAGAGGGAGGAGCAAAGGAGGGGGGGGAAGAGAAUGCAUGGCGCAUGGCUAGUUUGAGUCACGGCAUUGGGGUUAUAGAGGAGGUGGUGGAGAGGGGGAAGGAAGGAGAGGAUGGGGAGGGAAUAGAGGAAAGAGAUGACGGAAGGGGGAGAGAGGAAAGGGAUGAAUUGAUGCGAGGAGUGGAAAGAGGGGACGGAGAGGGGUUAGGAGUGGGAGAGGAGAGGAAGGGAAGUAGAGAGGGGGAGGUUGUGGAAGGGAAGGAGGGAGAGGAAGGGGGGUUGAGGGUGGGGCGAGAGGGACGAGAUACGCAGAGCACAGCAGCAAGGGAAAUGCAAGACGUGCUCUUGGACGGAACUGGUGAUUCUCCUCCCCUCCUCCACCUCUCCACCGCUUCCCCUCCCGCUCCCCCUUCCCCUUCUGCCCCCCCCCCGUCCCCCGCGUUCCAGUUCCCCCUCCCCGCGGAGGUCCACUCCCCCGUCUCCCUAUGCUCCGGCGGACAAGUAGGGGAGGGGGGAGCGGAGGGGAAGGGGAGAGGGGGAGGCGUGCAUAGGAGCGUGAGUGAUGGGGUUCUGCAGACGGGGAAACGCAGUGAACCGAUGCAGGCAGAGCAGCAGGAGCAGCAGGAGCAGCAGGAGCAGCAGGAGCAGCAGGAGCAGCAGGAGCAGCAGGAGCAGCAGGAGGAGGAGCAUCAGGGGGAUGGGAUGGAAGCGGGACGAACGGCAAACGAAUCUCCAGCAGACACAGAACGAGUAGCAGCAGACGCGGAAGCAGGGGUUGGUGCAGUGUCACAACCGUCAGGUGCAAAAUCAGGCAGAGCAGGGACAGGGGUUGACACAGGGGAAAGCCCUUCAGGAGCAGUAUCAGACGCAGCAGAAGCAGGGAGACCUGCCGGCAGGACCGCAGCAGAAGUGGGGGUUCCAACAGAAGCAAAGGCAUCAGGAGCAGUAUCAGACGCAGCAGAAGCAGGGAGACCUGCUGGCAAGAGUGGGGGGCGUGGUGGCAAGAGCAGCAGAUUAGGGCGGCGCGUGCAGUUCAGUGACAUGGUGAGGGUGAGACGUGUGCUCGUUGCCUGCCCCAGCAGUGACUCUGCCGGACCUGAUGCCGAGCCUGAUGCCGAGCCUGAUGCCGAGCCUGAUGCCGAGACUGAUGCCCAUCCAAGCGGAUGGGUGUGGCGGCCGGAGAAAUGGAGUUAG